AUGGAGCGGAUCUACAAUGCCAAGAGGUGUCCGGACGACAAUCGAUUGGCAUAUACGGAGUAUCUACUGACUGGAGAGGCCAGUCAUUGGUGGACGAGCAUGAAGAUGAUCUUGACGGACGCUCAAAGUCCCAUAUCGUGGGAAGUCUUUAGGAGCAAGUUUUAUGAGGAGUACUUCCCAGAUAGCGUGCGUUUCACCAAGGAAGUGAAAUUUCUUCAACUGGUGCAAGGCGGAAUGUCCGUUUCUGAAUACACAAAUAAGUUCAAGCAUUUGGUUCGUUUCAAUACCAUGGCGACUAACGAAGAGUGGAAGUCUCGGAAAUUUGAGAAUAGGCUGAAGAAUGAUUUGAAGUUGCUGAUAUCCAGCCUAUGCAUUAGUUCGUUUCCUGCAAUGGCUGAGAGGGCCAAAGUGUUGGAGAAGAAUGUGGCCGAAGUGGAACAGCAGAAGAAGCAGCAACAAGCAGCUAGGGGACCGAUUUUGUCUAGACCUAAUUUGAAUUUGAACUGGACGCCCUACUCUCGUCCAGCAUUUCCUUCAAACGCUAAUGGAUCGCACAAUCAAUCAGUGGUUGUUGUCGGACAGUCUGGACAGCAUGGGUCCGUCAAAUGUUUUCAGUGUGGGGGACCUCACUACAAGUCAUCAUGCCCUCAGUUGGUAGGAGGGAAACAUUGCAAUCGCUGUAGAAGAAAUGGUCACUUGGAGAGCGAGUGUAAUAUGGGAGGACGAGCGGUAAUGAGGCCGCCAAACACUGGCAGAAUUCAACAUGGAAGGGGUGGACGAGCGCAGGCAGUGGGGCGAGUAUACGCAAUAACAGGCGCUGAGGCAGCAAGCUCAGAUUGUGGUGAGAAGAGGUUAGUUUUUCCUGAUGAAGAAGAAGAAGAGUUAUCUGUGACGCUCGGUCAACUGAAGGAAGACAUCAUGGAAGGCGCCAGCUGCUUUCUAAUAAUGACGCACGAAGAUAAGGAGUUUGGAGAAUUAAGACAUGAACGAUCGUCCAGUAGCGAGCUCAAUGAAGGACGAUCGGUUGUGGAUGAAUUUCCGGACGUCUUUCCGGAUGAAAUACCUGGACUUCCUCCCCCUCGCGAGGCCGAGCGCAUCACCUUGGGAGCGCCUGUUCUCUUGGUGAAGAAGAAGGAUGGCAGCUCCCGGCUAUGCAUUGAUUACCGGCAACUAAACAAGCUGACCAUCAAGAACAAGUAUCCCCUGCCUCGGAUUGACGACCUACUGGACCAGCUACAUGAAGCAACCAUAUUCUCGAAGAUUGACUUGCAAUCGGGGUAUCAUCAAAUUCGAGUUAAGGAAGGGGACAUCCAAAAGACUGCUUUUAGGUCACGUUGCGGACACUACGAAUACGUAGUGAUGCCGUUCGGCGUCACUAACGCACCAACAAUCUUCAUGGAUUACAUGAAUCGCAUUUUCAGGCCAUAUCUGGACAAGUUCGUGGUUGUUUUCAUUGAUGACAUCCUCAUCUACUCCAAGAGCUGUGAAGAGCAUGAAUAA